AUGUAUCGAGUUGUCGUAACUGGAGUAGGAACUGUUACUCCUUACGGGGCUGGAGUUCAAGUACUUCACCAGUCUCUCGUGAAAGGCAUAUCAGGGCUCAAGUAUAAAGAAAGUUUGGGAUUCUUGACCGGAGCUAUUGAUGAUAACUCAGCAGAUUUCGAAAGAUGGACUGCGGGGCAAAAACGUGAAAUGAGCAGAGCAAGUCAAUUGGCACUGUUAGCGGCUGAGGAAGCAUUGACUGCUGCGAACGCUACUUCAUUAGAUCAUACCGAAACUUUGGUCAACAUAGGAACAGGAGUAGCUGACUUGGAAGCGAUAGGAGAAACUUCGGCUCUGAUACAGAAAGGCCAAGCUCGUAGAGUAUCUCCAUAUUUUGUACCCCGUAUUUUAAACAACCUACCUGCUGGAUAUGUUGCUAUGAAGUAUGGCAUGAUGGGAGGAGCAGAUAGCAGCUCUACUGCAUGUGCGACUGGACUUCACGCUAUUGGUAAUGCUUUCCGUGCAGUUCGUCACGGAUGGGCUAAAAGUGCUCUGGCCGGAGCUACCGAGAGCUGUGUGAACGCCGUCGCCCUCGCUGGAUUUGACAGAAUGCGAGCUCUGACACGAGGAAGCAGCACAGCUGAUUCUUGUCCUUUUGAUGAGAAGAGGUCUGGGUUUGUUCUAUCUGAAGGUGUGGGACUCUUGUUCCUGGAACGCUUAGAGGUAGCUCAAGCUCGAAGCGCUCCGAUUCUGGCGGAGCUUGUAGGAUUUGGCAUUUCGUCAGAUUGUUACCAUAUAUCCAGUCCUCACCCAUCAGGAAUAGGUGCUCAGUUGAGCAUGCAAAGAGCACUAACUGAUGCAACAAUAGCCUCUGAAGAUGUGAGUUAUGUUAAUGCUCAUGCCACUUCGACCACAACAGGCGAUCUUAUCGAAUCUAAAGCUGUCUGUGAUGUGUUUGGUAAGAAUCGUGUACCUGUAUCGUCUUUUAAAGGGCAUUUUGGUCAUUUGCUCGCAGCAGCUGGUGCUGUGGAGACAAUAGGAACGAUAGCCAAUUUACGUGAUGAAUUCUUAAUUCCUACGCUCAACGUGCAGGAAGUUGAUUCGAACAUUCAAGCUAAUAUUUUUACAAAUGGAACAAGAUGGAAUGAUGACCGUAAAAUAGCCGUUGUUAACUCGUUUGGUUUUGGAGGAACCAAUGCAAGCUUAGUCCUGAAAGCUUUUGAACAAAUCUCUUGA